AUGGUUAAGUCCUACACUCUUGCUGGGACAGCAGCAUUUGCUUGUCUGCUGCUUGCAAUCUGUGCUGUGAUCUCCACUGUUCAUAUUCUUCACGACAUUUCUGAUUUUUACAAUGAAGCCCAAGGAGAAUUAGUAGAAUUCAAGGAUAUUGCUAACAAUGUUUGGGACGAGAUGGUAUUCGAAUUGACACCAGAAGAAAUGAGAGAAGCAGAAGACCUAGAAAGAGAAAAGAGAUCGUACGAGGAAGAGGGGCCAUAUGAAACUGAAACAAGACCUACUACAACGACAACAACGGCAACAACGACUGCAGCAACUACUACAGAGGCUGUAGGAGAUGAGACUGGAUAUGACUUCGGAAAUGACAACGGACCUCCAUCAUCAAGACCAAGAAGACCAGUUCCACCAACUAUGCCAAGAACUAUUCAAGGAUUCCGUGCUCCUCCACCAGCUGCCACAUCAACAUAUCGGCCACCAAGUGGAAGUAAUUAUGAUAACUACGGCAGAGAACCAGCUUCGUCUCGUCGUCCACAUCCACCACAGCAACCGUAUCAAGCAUCCAGUACUGUUACUCCUUACAGUACUCCAAACAAUAGAACAUUGUACAAUCCACAACAACCACCGAAGACUGCGGUGUAUCCAUCAAAUCCAAAUCCACGUGUCCCAUACAAUCCACCACAAAAGUACACUCAACCACCACCAUAUCCAGGAAAUUCACGUGUUCCAUACAACCCAAACUACACGAACUCUCCUAUCACACCACCACCAAGACAGCCAUCUGGAGGAUACGACUCUGAUGGACAGACACCACCAUCAUGGCCAAGAGUCUAUAAUACUCGUCGUCCCAACGGACCAGGAUAUCCAGAAGAUCAAGUGCCGACAGGUGCUCCCCCACUUCCAGGGCAACAGAGAGUCCCGCCAACACAAACCCGUAAUCCUUCAUAUCCCGACAGAACCAAUCCACGUCAACCAACAAGACCAGUACCGCCAACAUCUGAUGGUCACAUCAGUGUCACCAAACCUCCGUUCAAUCCAAAUGAAGAAUUCACGCCUGGAAAAACUGGAUCGAGACCUGGAUUCGGACCACAACGACCACGUCCAGGCACCCGACAGCGAGUCAAUCCAUGUGAUCAAUGUUCUGCUCAGCCAAAUAAUUGUCCAUCCGGACCACCUGGCCCGAGAGGAAGACCAGGACCACCAGGGUUCCCUGGACAAGAUGGGCCACGUGGACUUCGUGGACUCAAUGGUGGAUAUUCGGGUGUUCAUCCAUCUUCUUAUGAUCCUGUUAUCGGCUGCGUCCAGUGUCCAGUGGGACCACCAGGAGAACGUGGACCAGACGGACCGCCAGGUGUGCCAGGAGAAGAUGGCGUUGAUGGAGAACAAGGAUCCAACGGACAGGAUGGACAACCAGGAGCCCCAGGAGCCCCAGGAUACCACGGAAUGAAUGGAUCACCGGGAACGGCAGGAAAACCUGGUGUACCUGGUAGAAACGGACAAUCAUGCAGAUCAAUUCCAGGACCACCAGGUCAACCAGGAGUGAUGGGCGUGCCAGGAAGAGAUGGGGAUCCAGGAACCGACGGAGAACAUGGACAGGAUGGAAGCCCAGGAAUACAAGGACCACCAGGAAAGGAUGGAAGACCAGGAGCUGAUGGUCAACCAGGAGUUUCUGCUCCAGGUGCACCAGGAACCGAUGGAGGGUAUUGCCCAUGCCCAAAGCGGUCAUCAAAGUUUGAUUUUACUGAUCCCGGAUAUACUGAUGACGAAAAGAGGCCUCAAGAGCAACGACCAAGAGAAUAUGUUGCUGAAAGAGAAGAACCAAGACCAAGACAACCCAGUCGUUCAGAAAAUUAUGAAGAGCCGGUUUAUGAACGUCAAAGAAAACCAGUUUAUGAACCAUCUGCAGAAAUCGCUCCACCAAGAAGAAACCGAUAUGAAGAUGAGGAGAGAAUCAGAGAGACGCCCCCAAGAAGGCAACCACCACCACAAAGACAAACUCCACGAUCAGAACAACAAAGAUAUCCAGAAGAGCAAUACGAGAGAAGACCCCAAGAAUCAAGAGAAUAUGGGCAGAACAAAGCACCAAGAAGAGAUGGUCACUCAUCCGGAUAUGGAGGAGAUGAAAGACGUCCGAUUGAACCAUCGAGAUACGAGACUGAUAAUGUAGCUCCUUCAAGAGACCGUCCACUAAAGAAAGUAGAAAUCAAUCGUCAACCUGAUAGAGAAUACGAUCAUCGUCCGCCAGCGUAUGAAGAAGAGAAACCAAGACAGGAAGACUCGAGACGAUAUGCAACUGAAUCCGAGCCACUUUACGAGGAAGCACCUAGAAAAGAAACACAUCCACCUGGAUUCGGACGACCAAAGUCAGAAGAAGAUAGAAGAGAGCACAGAACAUAUCCAGAGGAUUCGAUGCCACCUGUACAGCCUACAGAUAGAUACAGUGGAGACAAGAGAAAAAAGAAUCAACCAGAAUAUGAAGACAUUUCCAAGCCGGAAGAGGAUAAGGAUAAGUCAACGGACAAACAUCACAAGAGACCGAACAAAUUCCAAGAGAAGCAGUGGGAAGAGCAUAGAAAGAGUCAAGAACUUCGCAAUUCAAGAGAACAUGGAGGACAUGCCCCAAUUGAAGAUAAUGCACCAAUGCAACAAGUGAAACCUGAAGAACGACCACGACGCUCUUCGGCAGAAGAAAAGUCAUCAGUUUCAUCUGUUCAUGACAACUAUCAGUCGUCAGAAAAACGAGCAUUCUCAAAUGAGAAUCCACUCCCAUCAGAGCAAAUUCCCUACAGAAGGAAAUCUCGAUUCUAUAGGAAUCACUACUACGAAAAGUUUUUUAUCUAG